AUCCGGGACCGGGAGAGGCUGGGCCCCGGGGAGGGGCGGCGGCUGCGAGGGGCCGCCUCCCAUCUUCCGCUGCACGCGGCCCGGACUCCAUCCCGUCCGGACCCGGUGCUUGGCAGCCCAGCCCUCCCCGCAGUUCUGGGGCCUCGAGUUCCCCUCUGGGGAGACCUGGGGGGCCUGGGGUCUCCGGGCGUGGGAACUCAGACCCCGGAACUGGGAGGCGUACAGCCCAGGGCCUCUAGGAAGGGGCUGGUGCGACUGCCUGGAGCGGGUCCCCUCAUCCUCCCGCCCCAGCCCCGGCGUGGUCUGAUCCCUUCCAGACCCCUGUCUCUAAUGGGACCCUGCGCUCGGGAAAGGGAGAAGGACCCACGUGGGAGGGGGAUGUUGAGGGUUGGGUUCAGUUGCGCUGGAACUCUGCCUCUUUUGCAGAGUGAGGUGUGGGGUGCAGAGACCCGGGCUUCUGUUGCUCUCGCUGUGUCUUUGUAUCGUGGUGGGAGCCAGGGCCGGACGAGGUGUCCCUUGCCAGUUCCUGCUCCCAGGGUUUUAUUAUGUUUUCUGUGUGGGACGUAGUAAAGGUACAUGCCUGCUCUUAACUCUAUCCCUCACCUUUGCCAUACUUACCAAGGGAAGCUAUCGGAGAUAGGACGUCGCAAGGUGGUGUGAGGCUAAUGAUUCCAGAGGAAAACGUGCCUGAAGGUCUUGCCCGGGUCAGCGCCAACAUUAUUUUUGGAUUUGGACGCGGGAAGGUGGCCGCUAGCCGACACUUGGAAUCAGCUCUAAAUAUCAGGGACUCCAAGUAGGCCUUGUGGGUUUUAUAGAAACAAGUAAGAAUAAGCUAAAAACUGCUCAGGUUGCCGAAAUACUUUAACUUUAGGUGUUUUUGUUUGGGGGUUUAAGAUUGAAAUCAAAAGACCCCAGGAAUUCCUGAUUCCAUUUCUCCUUAAGCAGUGUUUCAGUAAUUUCCCAAUGUGUGAAACAAACCUAAUAGCCUAGUCUUGAGUCUCAGAAGUUGGUCCCCCUUGACUCUGUUUUCAUUCUUUUUUUCCCUCCCAGUCCACAGUGCAGAUUGAGAAGCAUGCUUUGGUUACAUGCUUUCUUCUUCCUGGGGGGUGGGGGGGUAGGAAUUCUCUGCUUUGUCUCUUGCUUCUUGGUGGGGAUGCCUUGGAUGUCUGUGAGGAGAAGGCUUUCUGUGCUGCCUAUUUGAUAGGCACUUUUUUUUUUUUGUGGUACGCGGGCCUCUCACUGUUGUGGCCUCUCCCAUUGCGGAGCACAGGCUCUGGACACGCAGGCUCGGCGGCCAUGGCUUACAUGCCCAGCCGCUCCGCGGCAUGUGAGAUCUUCCCGGACCGGGGCACGAACCCGUGUCCCCUGCAUUGGCAGGCGGACUCUCAACCACUGCGCCACCAGGGAAGCCCAGGGAAGCCCCUUGAUAGGCACUUUUAAAAAAGCACUGUGGUCUAAUAGAGCAGGAUGCCUGCUUACUACAAAAUAGCAACUCUCUUCUCCUGCCUCGGUUUCCUCAUUUCCAAUAACAGGAGGACUCUUGUGACUCCAAAAAAAUUACCAAACAUUGGAAAAUGGCAUAUGAAAGAUGUCAAAGGCAAAGAAUUUAUGAAGUCCCUUGUGUUUACAUGUUGUAGAAGUUUUGUUUUGAAUUACCAGUGCAGAAUAGAAAUACAUCUAGCAUAAGAUUUAAUUAUUUUUAAAGUUUGAAGAAAUACUGAGAAAUUGUGACAUUUGGCUUAAUGAUCUUAUAGUUCAGAUGACUAGAUUAUGUCAAAGAACUGGCAUUGCGAAAGCCAGCCUUAAAACUCUCUCAUCAGAUCCUUACCUUUUCAAAGUGCUGUGGACAUGGUUCAGGUGUAGAUCACUACGUAACUUUCUAUUUCCUUUUCAGUCAAUGACUAGGAAACUUUUUUAAAAAAAUUAUUUAUUUUUGGCUGCGUUGGGUCUUCCUUGCUGCGCGCAGGCUUUCUCUAGUUGCGGCGAGUCGGGGCUACGCUUCGUUGUGGUGUGUGGGCUUCUCAUUGCAGUGGCUUCUCUUGUUGCAGGGCACGGGCUCUAGGUGCGUGGGCUUCAGUAGUUGCGGCACAUGGGCUCGGUAGUUGUGGCUCAUGGGCUCUAGAGCACAGGCUUGGUAGUUGUGGCACACGGGCUUAGCUGCUCCGCCGGUAUGUGGGAUCCUCCCGGACCAGGGCUCGAACCCGUGUCUCCUGCAUUGGCAGGUGGAUUCUUAACCACUGUGCCACCAGGGAAGCUCUAGGAAACUUUUUUACCUGUCACACAGACUGGUUUAACAGGUCUGGGGCUAGUGGUUUUUUUCUUAAAAAAAAAUUUUUUUUUUGAUAGCUAAUAUCCUAAAAGUCUUGGUUUAGAAAAGAAGUAAAUUAAAAUAAAAGUUAUUGGAAUAAUACAUUGGAAUUUAGUAUUUCUAGUUGGAGGAGUCUUUUUACAAUUCAGAAAAAGGUUUUUAUAUCAUUAUCUAACAUGUUCUUAAAGAUUAAUAAUAACAGCAGAUACACAUCAAGCGUCUUUCCAAGCCCUUAAAACAAUAAGAUUGUGAAGAAGUAAAUGAACACCAAACACUCACUGGCCAAAAAAAAUUUAACUAUUGAGGCUCCGGACGCGCAGGCUCAGCGGCCAUGGCUCACGGGCCUAGCCGCUCCGCGACAUGUGGGAUAUUCCCGGACCGGGGCACGAACCCGUGUCCCCUGCAUCGGCAGGCGGACUCUCAACCACUGCGCCACCAGGGAAGCCCUUCUUUUUGGAGGUGGAUAUCUGCUCAGACAAUAAGAAUUUUAAGAGCUCUGAGAGAUCAUUUUGAAGGAAUAAUGGAUGAACCUUCUUCCUUGGCCAAACCUGUGGAGCUCAACCAGCACUCCCGAUUCAUAAUUGGUUCCGUGUCUGAAGAUAACUCAGAGGAUGAGAUUAGCAACCUGGUGAAGCUGGACCUACUGGAGGAGAAGGAGGGCUCUCUGUCACCAGCCUCUGUCUGCUCAGAUACGCUCUCUGACUUGGGGAUCUCUAGCCUACAGGAUGGCUUGGCCUUACACAUGAGGUCCAGCAUGUCUGGUUUGCACCUAGUAAAGCAAGGUCGAGACCGAAAGAAAAUAGACUCACAGCGAGAUUUCACUGUAGCUUCUCCAGCAGAAUUUGUUACUCGUUUUGGUGGGAAUAAAGUGAUUGAGAAGGUUCUCAUUGCCAACAAUGGCAUUGCAGCAGUGAAAUGCAUGCGGUCUAUCCGCCGGUGGUCUUAUGAGAUGUUUCGAAAUGAACGUGCAAUUCGAUUUGUUGUCAUGGUCACACCUGAAGACCUGAAAGCCAAUGCAGAAUACAUUAAGAUGGCAGAUCAUUAUGUGCCAGUGCCAGGAGGACCAAACAACAACAACUAUGCAAAUGUGGAAUUAAUUCUUGACAUUGCUAAAAGGAUCCCAGUACAAGCAGUUUGGGCUGGCUGGGGUCAUGCUUCUGAGAAUCCUAAGCUCCCAGAACUUCUUUUGAAAAAUGGCAUCGCCUUCAUGGGUCCUCCAAGCCAGGCCAUGUGGGCUUUGGGGGAUAAGAUUGCAUCUUCCAUAGUGGCUCAAACUGCAGGUAUCCCAACUCUUCCAUGGAGUGGCAGUGGUCUUUGUGUGGACUGGCACGAAAAUGAUUUUUCAAAACGUAUCUUAAAUGUUCCUCAGGAACUAUAUGAAAAAGGUUGUGUGAAGGAUGUGGAUGACGGGCUGAAGGCAGCGGAGGAAGUUGGAUAUCCAGUAAUGAUCAAGGCCUCGGAAGGAGGAGGAGGGAAGGGGAUCAGAAAAGUCAACAAUGAAGAUGACUUCCCUAACCUCUUCAGACAGGUUCAAGCUGAAGUCCCUGGAUCUCCUAUCUUUGUGAUGAGACUAGCCAAACAGUCUCGUCAUCUGGAGGUGCAGAUCUUAGCAGAUCAGUAUGGCAACGCUAUCUCUUUGUUUGGUCGUGACUGCUCUGUACAGCGCAGGCAUCAGAAGAUUAUUGAAGAGGCACCUACUGCUAUUGCUACUCCAGCAGUAUUUGAGCAUAUGGAACAGUGUGCGGUGAAACUUGCCAAAAUGGUUGGUUAUGUGAGUGCUGGGACUGUGGAAUACCUCUACAGCCAGGACGGCAGCUUCUACUUUCUGGAACUGAACCCUCGGCUACAGGUGGAGCACCCUUGUACAGAGAUGGUGGCCGAUGUCAACCUCCCUGCGGCACAGCUCCAGAUUGCCAUGGGGAUCCCUUUGUAUAGAAUCAAGGAUAUCCGUAUGAUGUAUGGGGUAUCUCCCUGGGGUGAUGCUCCCAUUGAUUUUGAAAAUUCUGCUCAUGUUCCUUGCCCAAGGGGCCACGUUAUUGCUGCUCGGAUCACUAGUGAAAAUCCAGAUGAGGGUUUUAAGCCCAGCUCAGGAACAGUUCAGGAACUGAAUUUCCGCAGCAAUAAGAACGUUUGGGGCUAUUUCAGUGUUGCUGCUGCAGGGGGACUUCAUGAAUUUGCUGAUUCUCAGUUCGGUCACUGCUUUUCCUGGGGAGAAAACCGAGAGGAAGCAAUUUCAAACAUGGUGGUGGCUUUGAAGGAACUAUCUAUCCGGGGCGACUUUCGAACUACAGUCGAAUACCUGAUCAAAUUGUUGGAGACUGAAAGCUUUCAGAUGAAUAGAAUUGACACUGGCUGGCUGGACAGACUGAUAGCAGAAAAAGUACAGGCAGAGCGACCUGACACCAUGUUGGGAGUUGUGUGUGGGGCUCUGCACGUGGCAGAUGUGAGCCUGCGGAAUAGCAUCUCCAACUUCCUUCACUCCUUAGAGAGGGGUCAAGUCCUUUCUGCUCAUACACUUCUGAAUACAGUAGAUGUUGAACUUAUCUAUGAGGGAGUCAAGUAUGUACUGAAGGUGACGCGACAGUCCCCGAACUCCUACGUGGUGAUCAUGAAUGGCUCAUGUGUGGAAGUAGAUGUGCAUCGGCUGAGUGAUGGAGGACUGCUCUUGUCCUAUGAUGGCAGCAGUUAUACCACAUACAUGAAGGAGGAGGUGGAUAGGUAUCGCAUCACGAUUGGCAACAAAACCUGUGUGUUUGAGAAGGAAAAUGACCCUUCGGUGAUGCGCUCACCUUCUGCUGGGAAGUUAAUCCAGUACAUUGUGGAGGAUGGAGGCCAUGUGUUCGCUGGCCAGUGCUAUGCUGAGAUCGAGGUCAUGAAGAUGGUAAUGACCUUAACAGCUGCAGAGUCUGGCUGUAUCCAUUAUGUCAAGCGGCCUGGAGCAGCUCUUGACCCGGGCUGUGUAAUAGCCAAAAUGCAGCUGGACAACCCCAGCAAGGUCCAGCAGGCUGAGCUUCACACAGGCAGUCUGCCGCGGAUCCAGAGCACAGCACUCAGAGGCGAGAAGCUCCAUCGAGUAUUCCACUAUGUCCUGGAUAAUUUGGUCAACGUGAUGAAUGGAUACUGCCUUCCAGAUCCUUUCUUUAGCAGCAGGGUAAAAGACUGGGUUGAACGGUUGAUGAAGACCCUCAGAGAUCCCUCCUUGCCUCUCCUAGAACUGCAAGAUAUCAUGACCAGUGUCUCUGGUCGUAUCCCCCCCAAUGUGGAGAAGUCUAUCAAGAAGGAAAUGGCUCAGUAUGCUAGCAACAUCACAUCAGUCCUCUGUCAGUUUCCCAGCCAGCAGAUUGCCAACAUCCUAGAUAGCCACGCAGCUACAUUGAACCGGAAAUCUGAACGGGAAGUCUUCUUCAUGAACACUCAGAGCAUUGUCCAGCUGGUGCAGAGGUACCGCAGUGGUAUCCGAGGCCACAUGAAGGCUGUGGUGAUGGACCUGCUGCGGCAGUACCUGCGAGUAGAGACGCAAUUCCAGAACGGUCACUAUGACAAAUGCGUGUUCGCCCUUCGGGAGGAGAACAAGAGUGACAUGAACACUGUACUGAACUACAUCUUCUCUCAUGCUCAAGUCACCAAGAAGAAUCUUCUGGUCACAAUGCUUAUUGAUCAGUUGUGUGGCCGGGACCCCACUCUCACUGACGAGCUGCUGAAUAUCCUCACGGAGCUAACUCAACUCAGUAAGACCACCAAUGCUAAGGUGGCGCUCCGAGCACGCCAGGUUCUUAUUGCCUCCCAUUUGCCAUCAUAUGAGCUUCGCCAUAACCAAGUAGAGUCUAUCUUCCUAUCAGCUAUUGACAUGUACGGACAUCAGUUUUGCAUUGAGAACCUGCAGAAACUCAUCUUGUCCGAAACGUCAAUUUUCGAUGUCCUGCCAAACUUCUUCUAUCACAGCAACCAGGUCGUGAGGAUGGCAGCUCUGGAGGUGUAUGUUCGAAGGGCUUAUAUUGCCUAUGAACUUAACAGUGUACAACACCGCCAGCUUAAGGACAACACCUGCGUGGUGGAAUUCCAGUUCAUGCUGCCCACAUCUCAUCCAAACAGAGGGAACAUCCCCACGCUAAACAGAAUGUCCUUCUCCUCCAACCUCAACCACUAUGGCAUGACUCAUGUAGCUAGUGUCAGCGACGUGCUACUGGACAACUCAUUCACUCCACCGUGUCAGCGGAUGGGCGGAAUGGUCUCUUUUCGGACUUUUGAAGAUUUUGUCAGGAUCUUUGAUGAAGUGAUGGGCUGCUUCUGUGAUUCCCCACCCCAAAGCCCCACGUUCCCUGAGGCAGGUCACACAUCUCUAUAUGAUGAAGACAAGAUCCCCAGGGAUGAACCAAUUCACAUUCUGAACGUGGCUAUCAAAACUGACUGUGAUAUCGAGGAUGACAGGCUAGCAGCUAUGUUCCGAGAGUUUACCCAGCAAAAUAAAGCUACCCUGGUUGAGCAUGGGAUCCGGCGCCUUACUUUCCUGGUUGCACAAAAGGAUUUCAGAAAACAGGUCAACUAUGAGGUGGAUCAGAGAUUUCAUAGAGAAUUCCCUAAGUUUUUCACAUUCCGAGCAAGGGAUAAGUUUGAGGAAGAUCGAAUCUACCGUCACCUGGAGCCUGCCCUAGCUUUCCAGUUAGAGCUGAACCGGAUGAGAAAUUUUGACCUUACUGCCAUCCCAUGUGCUAAUCACAAGAUGCACCUGUACCUUGGAGCAGCCAAGGUGGAAGUGGGCACAGAAGUGACAGACUACAGGUUCUUUGUCCGUGCAAUCAUCAGGCAUUCUGAUCUGGUCACCAAGGAAGCUUCCUUUGAAUAUCUACAAAAUGAAGGGGAGCGGCUGCUCCUAGAAGCCAUGGAUGAGUUGGAGGUCGCUUUUAAUAAUACAAAUGUCCGGACUGACUGCAACCACAUCUUCCUCAACUUUGUGCCUACAGUCAUCAUGGACCCUUCAAAGAUUGAGGAGUCUGUGCGGAGCAUGGUAAUGCGCUAUGGAAGUCGGCUGUGGAAGUUACGUGUCCUCCAGGCAGAACUGAAAAUCAACAUUCGCCUGACACCAACUGGAAAAGCAAUUCCCAUCCGCCUCUUCCUGACAAACGAGUCUGGCUAUUACUUGGACAUCAGCCUGUACAAGGAAGUGACUGACUCCAGGACUGCACAGAUCAUGUUUCAGGCAUACGGAGACAAACAGGGACCAUUACAUGGAAUGUUAAUCAACACUCCAUAUGUGACCAAAGACCUGCUUCAAUCAAAGAGGUUCCAGGCACAGUCCUUAGGGACAACAUACAUAUAUGAUAUCCCAGAGAUGUUUCGGCAGUCCCUGAUCAAACUCUGGGAGUCUAUGUCCACUCAAGCAUUCCUUCCAUCACCCCCUCUGCCUUCAGACAUGCUGACGUACACUGAGCUUGUGUUGGAUGAUCAAGGUCAACUGGUCCACAUGAACAGGCUUCCAGGAGGAAAUGAGAUUGGCAUGGUAGCUUGGAAAAUGACCCUUAAAAGUCCAGAAUAUCCAGAAGGCCGAGAUAUCAUUGUUAUUGGCAAUGAUAUCACAUACCGAAUUGGGUCCUUUGGCCCCCAGGAGGAUUUGCUGUUUCUCAGAGCUUCUGAGCUUGCCAGGGCAGAGGGCAUCCCACGCAUCUAUGUAGCAGCCAACAGUGGAGCAAGAAUUGGACUGGCAGAGGAAAUUCGUCACAUGUUUCACGUAGCCUGGGUAGAUCCUGAGGAUCCUUACAAGGGAUACAAAUAUUUAUAUCUGACCCCUCAAGAUUAUAAGAGAGUCAGUGCUCUCAACUCUGUCCAUUGUGAACACGUGGAGGAUGAAGGAGAAUCCAGGUACAAGAUAACCGAUAUUAUUGGGAAGGAAGAGGGACUUGGAGCAGAGAACCUUCGAGGUUCUGGAAUGAUUGCUGGAGAAUCCUCGUUGGCCUAUGAUGAGAUCAUCACCAUUAGCCUGGUUACGUGCCGGGCCAUUGGGAUUGGGGCUUACCUUGUCCGACUGGGACAGAGAACCAUCCAGGUUGAAAAUUCUCACUUAAUUCUGACAGGAGCUGGGGCCCUCAACAAAGUCCUCGGAAGGGAAGUAUACACCUCCAAUAACCAGCUCGGGGGCAUCCAGAUCAUGCAUAACAAUGGGGUGACCCACAGCACUGUCUGUGAUGACUUUGAAGGGGUGUUCACUGUCCUGCACUGGCUGUCCUACAUGCCGAAGAGUGUACACAGUUCAGUUCCUCUCCUGAAUUCCAAGGAUCCUAUAGAUAGAGUCAUCGAGUUUAUUCCCACAAAGACUCCAUAUGAUCCUCGCUGGAUGCUGGCAGGCCGUCCCCACCCAACCCAGAAAGGUCAGUGGUUGAGUGGAUUUUUUGACUAUGGCUCUUUCUCGGAGAUCAUGCAGCCCUGGGCACAGACUGUGGCAGUUGGCAGAGCCAGGCUAGGAGGAAUACCCGUGGGAGUAGUUGCCGUGGAAACCCGAACCGUGGAACUAAGUAUCCCAGCUGAUCCUGCAAACCUGGAUUCUGAAGCCAAGAUAAUCCAGCAGGCUGGCCAGGUUUGGUUCCCAGAUUCUGCAUUUAAGACCUAUCAGGCUAUCAAGGACUUCAACCGUGAAGGGCUGCCUCUGAUGGUCUUUGCCAACUGGAGAGGCUUCUCUGGUGGGAUGAAAGAUAUGUACGACCAAGUGCUGAAGUUUGGCGCUUACAUCGUGGAUGGCUUACGGGAGUGCUCGCAGCCUGUGAUGGUUUACAUUCCUCCACAGGCCGAGCUCCGGGGUGGCUCCUGGGUCGUGAUUGACCCCACCAUCAACCCGCGGCACAUGGAGAUGUAUGCUGACCGAGAAAGCAGGGGAUCAGUUCUGGAGCCAGAAGGGACAGUAGAAAUCAAAUUCCGCAGAAAGGAUCUGGUGAAAACCAUGCGUCGGGUGGACCCCGUCUACAUCCACUUGGCUGAGCGAUUGGGCACCCCCGAGCUAAGCGCAGCUGAGCGGAAGGAGCUGGAGAGCAAGCUGAAGGAGCGGGAGGACUUUCUCCUUCCCAUUUACCGCCAGGUGGCCGUGCAGUUUGCUGACUUGCACGACACACCGGGCCGGAUGCAGGAGAAGGGUGUUAUCAACGACAUCCUGGAUUGGAAGACAUCCCGUACCUUCUUCUACUGGAGGCUGAGGCGUCUCUUGCUGGAGGACCUGGUCAAGAAGAAAAUUCACAACGCCAACCCCGAGCUGACCGACGGCCAGAUCCAGGCCAUGUUAAGGCGCUGGUUUGUGGAAGUGGAAGGGACAGUGAAGGCCUAUGUUUGGGACAACAACAAGGAUCUGGUGGAAUGGCUGGAGAAGCAGCUGGCAGAGGAAGAUGGCGCUCGCUCGGUAAUAGAGGAGAACAUCAAGUAUAUCAGCAGAGACUACGUCCUCAAGCAGAUCCGCAGCUUGGUACAGGCCAAUCCAGAGGUUGCCAUGGAUUCCAUCGUCCACAUGACCCAGCACAUCUCGCCCACUCAGCGAGCAGAAGUCGUUCGGAUCCUCUCCACAAUGGACUCCCCGUCAACGUAGGAAGAGCUUCCUGCCCACCCCUGCCCUGCCUCCGGAGAAAAGGGCUAGAGCUGCCUUUCACACCUGAAGCCGCUGUAAUUAGAAGGCACACGAGACCAGCACUGGAAUCAAAGUGGCAUUUUGCUUCCCCUCGAUGUUUUCAGGUUACGCAUGACAUACUGGGACGUAGGGUCACAAGCCCCCACUCCAGCCCACCAGUCACACCUACCCCGUUCAGUAUUUAUUAUUACCCUGGCUGUGACGGCAGUCCUCUCUCCCUGCCCAGGACCUAAGAAGGCAAUGACGGGUACAAGCACCUACCAAGAGGUCUUACCACACGCCAGCAGGGCCACCCUCCUGUCCUGACCGCCCCUUGGUCUGGCCCCGGGAAGUGGGAGCUGUUGCCAGGCAGUCAGCAGCCCGCGCUCGCCCCUGGCCCUGUGAGCCUGCAGCCACCGGCAGCAGAGGAGGGCCCGGGCUGAGGCCAUAGGCCCAGCACCAGGCGUGGGGAGAGGAGGAAGCCUCGGGUCUGUUGCUUCUUACCCCACACUCAGCCCGGUCCACACCAGGCACCCAGCUUGUGAAGAAAAAUUAGAGCAUGAACUCUGCAAGCUCCAUGGAACUCAAAGAUGAGGGCAAAACCGCGACCCCGGAAGCAGAGAAAGCGGAGACCCAGUCACUGUCGUCGAUUUAGGGGCCUCGCCCUGGGGCUCCCUUCUCAGAACAAGCGCAGAGACGGUUGACCCACUGCCCCGUGUGCCGCUGCUCGGCUAGCUGAGAUGCCCGGGGGCCCCACUGGCAGUACCGUAGCCCGAGUGGGCAGAGGAGGACCCAGGGGAGCUGCCCUUCCCGUCACUGAUGGAAAGUAGUCACCAUGCGACAGCGAGAGCGGGCCAGCCAGUCUCCCUUUUUAGGACGCGGGAGGUUGUUACUGUUAAGCCUGGAGCUUUGAUAGUUACAGGAGGUUAACGGUGCCUACAGGGCCAUCGUCUGUGUUUCUGGGGCCACUCUUCUAGCAGCUGACACUCUUACUUUGGGUCUCGUCUCUUCCUUGAAUGUACACAGGCACAGCCGGUCUCCCCACAGCCACGGAAAGGAGCCCUGGUGACAUCAGUGCUCUCGGCGCUGGGAACUGGCCUUCCCCGCUUUGGGGAGGCUUCCAGGGAACACAGAAUCCAUGUGACCUUAAGGUUAUCCACAAGCCCAUCAUGGUGCUGCUGUCUCCCAGGCCCACGGGGCCCUCCCUGGCCUCCUCACGGGUGAUGGAGCGUUCAUUCAAGGAGAGAGCUCACCGACCCCCCGCCGGUGUUCCUAAAGCAAGAGUGCCAGGUGGUCAGGGCUGGGGUGGCACCCGGCUACCCCAGUGCAGCAUCCGGUUCCUGCAGUGCAGCUGAUUGCAUUUAGCAGCAUUUGUCACUGAUGACCAAGGGGGAAAUCACUAAGACGUCUGAGAAGCAGCAGUAUGAACACUUCCGUACGAGCUACGGUUCUGAGCCUUAACCCUACAGUUCACGCACAAGAAAGAGCUCCACUCCUCUCCUCGGGAACUGUUUGUGCAGAUGGGCACCGUGCGGCUGGAUGGGUUGCCACCUGCCCCCAGGAGCCUGGAGCCUCGGCCCGGCUGCCCUGCUGCGGGGGUUCGGCGCCGUCCAAGCCAGGAAGGGCGGGAGAAGGUGGGGAACAAUUUUCAGUCCAGGAAGCACGUCCACUGUUGCUGGUGUUCGCUUACCCAGUAAGCGUGGACUCACCUUUGACCAGAUAAUUCCUCUGCACUUUUUACAAUAAAUAAAAUUCCACACACCUGCAGGUGGUGUGGAGUCCUGUGCUUGCCCUGGCAUUCCUUCGGGGCAGAGGGCGGGUGACACUUGUUUACCUCCCCCCAGCCCCCAACAAAAUUAUGACACAUUAAAGGAAUACAUUUAGUCUCUAGAACUUGGCCACGCUCACCACCACCCCCAUCCCCAGGGCGCCUCACUUUAGGUCUUACCUGGACAGGGCCCUUUCCUAUGGAGAAGUCAGGAAGAGACACGGCCCAUCACACACACGAGGUCACCAAGGCAGGAGGAGGGUGAGCGAUGUAUCAGCUGAGACUCGCCUGAGCUAGGAUCACCAUGUUGUCCGCUCACUUCGGUCACAAAGCAGCCUUCACUUGUCUUACUGAGCAUUCGAUGUACGCACAGCCUGAUGAGCAAGGAGCUUCAGUCAAAUGUAUUCGUUUCAUGUUUUGUUGAAAUAAACCUCCACGUUUGUAGAUGA